GGGGCACACACCUGUGGAACGUGUUGAUAUCGAUCGUGGUGAUGUGUCGUAUGGUCAAAGUCAUCUCGGUCGUUUCGCAUUAGGCGAAAGACCACUAACCAUCCAACAACAAGCUAGAUUCGCCGGGGAAAUCUUAGGCAGAUCACCGAGUAGAUUAGCAUCGUCAGCACAUGGAUGAAGUGCCCUUAUCUUCCCUUGGUGUCGUAUGACGCGAACGAGAUGAGGCCGCAAAGAGAGACGUGAUCGGUUAAAGGAACUACGUGUACAUCGUCGAUAAAACUUUCGGUUUCGCACCAAUCGGAUUACAUCCUAAAAACUUCGGAGCUGGUCCUUGAAUCGUCCUACCUCCAUCUUUUCUCGUUCCCUUCGUACCACCGACCUCGUCCCAUAUAUCUACUCGUAGGAUAGUACGUUGGUUGUAGUUUUUUUUACUGAGAUUGAGCAUGCAACUGAAACAGCAGACCCAAAUUUCAGACCCAUCACGAUAUUUGAAGGACUCAUGCAAACGAUAUAAGAACUAGCUUGACAACUGACAAAAAUUUACAACAUUCAUUGUCUAUUCAUUAACCUCCUACUUCAACAAUCCAAACCAACACGCGCAGGAAAAAAAGAAAAGAAUCUAAGGAUAAAUUACACAUAGAUAACAUUGAAAACUGAGGAGAAGUUGAAAAUAUCAAAAGUAGCGACUAAACACAGGAGAAAUUGUAAACGAAUUAUAUAUUUGUACAUGUUGUUUAUUGAUUGACUCAUUCAUCAGAAUUUUUGAAAAAGGCAGACCAAGAAGCAAAUAAGGUCUUGCUAAAUCAAUAAGUUCAGGAGACCCGCCAAUUCAUCGUUCAACAUCGUUCAAACAAUGUGGCAAACCCAACAAGAUCAUUAUCUAUCAUUCCCCUACAACGAACAGGAACUGAAACUGUAGCAGAGCAGUCAUCGUAGUCCUCCCUCACUUUCUCAUAUUCCAGCUACAGCGAGCAGCAUAUAAUUUUCACCUCACCACAUGACUUCACAUUCAUGGCAACAUAUCGUCGAGUCUCCUAACAUAUACCACAUUUCCUACUGAACAACAGCUAUACGUUUUCAGUGAAUUACUACAGAUUUAGAAUCAAUCGUAGUUGAAACAAGUUCAUCAUUUACAUUCAUUUUCAAUAGCAUCGAAACGAUAACGAUAUUUUCCUUAUUCAAAAAAACUGUUGAUAAGAAAUAACCUUUUAUGUACGCGUAAGCCGAAUCAAAAAAAAUUCAAUGACUUAGCACAACAAGCAUCGAAAAUUCUAAAGAUUUAAAAUUGAGAUCGAUUAUCAGCUACUGAAAUUGACACAGCAUUUCCAUUUUCACGAUAGUUGAGUGAGUGCCUUUGAUUUAGUUAGCAAAAAUUUGUUAGUAUCUGUUCAUUGUUGUGGGAAGGCUGGUUCAUCCGGUAUUUCAAUUUUUAAACAUCAAGAAUAGCAUUCGCAAGCAUCGAGAUGGUGGAUCCAAACGCGGCUGGCAUGAUGGGCUAUGCUGGCUGGGGCGUUGACCAGCACGCUGCCUGGGGUGGUGACUACUACUGGCAUCAACAGCACGCGCAAGGCACGCCGAUGGAAGGUGGCGACAGCAAGGGCAACAAGGACGCGACCAAGGACAAGACUGACAACAAGCAAGGGGAAAACUCGAACAUCGCUGGGAAUGGAACGGACGACGCAUCGGCGAACAACACGCAGUCAGAUGCAGAGCAAAUGGAUGCGUUCGCAGCCGCGAUGAAUAAGGCUGGAGCUAUGGGUGGCGGAGCCCCUUUUGCAGGCUUUUUGGGCAAUGGCAACAUGAAUGGUAUGUUCAUGAUGCCGGCUGCCGCUUCUCCGUAUGGAGCUGCGCCGCAGUGGGGACAGAUGGCUGGUGCACCCGGUGCUGACAUGAGCUCGCUCUUCGCUGCCGCAAACAUGCAGCAGACAUCGAACAUGAUGUUCCCGGUGCAGCCCGCAGGAAUGUUUCCUGCCGGGUCGAAUGGCAUGAUGCUGCCCUCGACUAUGGCACCUCAAAUGGACGCUUUUGCUGCAGCCUCCAUGCUGCAGAACUAUUCCGCGCCGACUGGUACUACCGAAACCGCUCUGACAGCGGGGCAAGAAGCACCUGUCACGUCUAAAACGAACAGCAAAAAAAGCGGCAAAACUGCCUCGAAGAAGUCGGCGGGUGGGGCGGAAUCUUCUGCGAUUAUGAUCGAAAGUAGUUUCCUAGCUCUUUACAGAAAGGACACGCUGAGUAAUACACUAAUAGAUACAUUGCUUGUGAAAGAAUAUGAAUAAGGUGAAGCAUUUGCAUUGGAUGAUUUUCAGUAAUCAUGCUCACAACUACGACAUGAUUCAUUAUCAUAUGAUCUUCAGGUUCAGGCUGCAAAAUCAACAAGUAGUUACAGUUAUUCUUCACCAGCACCGCGUAAAUUUUGUUCUAAUUUGAUCGAUGUGCCGCCGGGCUUGACGGCGCCCAACACUGGCGGGCAGGUUUCCAAGAUUUCGAGUAAGGAAGGGCGCCAGCAACUGCAGAACCAACUCUGGGCGAUGGCCGCGACGCAGGCGGCAGCCCAACAGCUCCAGCAGCAAAACUAUCAGCUGCAGCAUUACUUGCAGGCCUCCACAUUCAAUCCGAUGUACGCUAUGGGACACACGCCGACAUUUCCACAGAUGCAAACUGCCGGCACGGCAUUUUAUGGACACGAUCAGCACUAGAGGUGGAAAAGGAAAUUUCGAAGAUACAAUCUCAUACUCAUAACUCAUUCAGCGUCAUUACCCUUAGGGCCUUGCUCGUUUUUGAUGUGGAAAUACCAUCUACCUCGAGAAUCGACGUGAUGCGCCACAUAAGCAGGUAGUCACUGGAACUUUCGGGCGUUUCUAGUAUGUAAGUAAAUCUGCUUGCUUGAUGGUCUUCUCCCUUCAUUUUUGUCCGAGCCCCGCAAUGAUGAUGGGCGCGCAAGGCGCUCCGAGUAAUCCCGCCAACAUGAUGACCGGGAACAUGAUGGUUCCGCCGCCGCCGCCGAAAGAACCCCCGACCUCGGAAGACGAAGAAUCCAACCAGAAAGUAAAGAAGGAAAAGCGCCACAUCCACAAUUUCGCCAAGCAGGAAAAAACAUCGAAAAAGGCGAACUACAUUAUGUUGACUGUCGCUUCCUCGUAGAUAACGAUAUCUCUUUCAUCGCAUGCCUAGACGUACCCCAGAUCUCAAGGUGAAUAGACCCGUGGCUUUAUUUUCUGAAUGUGUGUAAAUGUAGGUGUACUAUUUCGUCCGCACCAUCCACAACUAAAAAUAUAAGUACUUUUUAGUAUGUGUAUGUCUUCUUUUUAUCUUUGCUGCGAUGCAUCGUAUGUGAAAACUGAAACAAAGUUUGAAGCAAUGAGUGAGAGUGUAGUAGAAAUCUAAUCCGAAAAGUAAGACUGGUGAGGAAAGCGUCGACAACCUGCCCUGCGUGUAUUCGAGCUCCACCGCUGUGAUCUUCCGUGGAAAAUCGAGCACGAAAUCGAAGGACUACGCUAAGGUACUUAACUUUUUUCUGAACCUGUGGGUUGAUUCAAUAUUGAUUUGUUCAUCUUCAGUGGUUGCAUUUUCAUUUUCUUCUUUACCUCACGCUCACAUACUCUAUUAAUUGAGUCCCAUGAUGCUGUUGCAUAUCUAAUCUGUUGUCCCUCAGGAUGAAAUGGAGCAUGGUGUUAGCAAGAACUCGAUGUCUGGUAAAGACAGCUUCUACACGGCCGAACAGUACUAUACUGCGAAGGGGAAAGGGAAGGCAUCUUCCUACAACAAGAACUUCGCGGCUCCGCAACAAGGAUUGCAGAUGUUUCGUCGUGGUUCUACGGGAAGCCCCACCAUGAUGGGUACGCGACCUGGUGCGCCGCAUCCACAGGUGCAGCUGGAAGCUCUGAGCGUGAAAGUCGAGGAUCACAUUCGCUCCGCCGCCGACUGGGCAGCAUCGAUGCAUCCAAAGCCGGCAUAUGACCCUCUCUCAGAUGCCUCGGGCUGCGUAAUAAAUUUGAAUUUGUCUUUUUCAUCCAGUCUCAACAUGUAAAGAUGUUGUCGACAUCAAUUUAUGUGUAAUGUAUUAAACAAGACGAGAAAAAGAAAAACAGGCUCGUCGAGCAACGUAAUCCGUAUUCGUUCUAGGUCAACAAUAUGAAUAUAUUCUGUCGUAAAACUAGAUGCUCUAUCUUGUAUUGAAACACAUCUAAAUAAACAAGAACUUUGAAGACUCAUUCGCUAGCUGAAACACAGGAGGACCAGGAUGCUGGCGCUUACAGUGGUGGUCCGUCGAAGCGCGAACGCUUUUACGUACGUCGCAAUGAUGGCGAAGGCCAAGAAGAGGUUAUCACGUCGCAAAAAUUUCUCGCCACCUUCCGUGUGGGCAUCCAGAAUGAUCAGCUCUUUGGUGCUGCCAAGCGCAUCAUUGGUCCGGGCGGUCGCAACAUGAAGCUGGUCGCAUCCAUGAUUAUGGGCGGCAAAGUGCGCCUGCGCGGAGAGGGAUUUCAGGUAUUUCAUACAGGAGACGACUCUCCUCACUCUUCUUGCUUAUAAAUAUGUAUCUCAAUCGCUCAAUAUAUAACAAACAUUGAGACUUAAUGUUUGUUAUAUGUUGAAGGAGUACUAGUUCUUGUCUUCAUAAUCUAUCAUUAGUAUCAGGUGGAGAUAUAAGGCCACCAUGAUCAUUUUAGUUGUCUCUCCACCCACUAAUCUACAUCAGGAAAAAGACCACCAUCACCCGUUGCAAUUGAACAUUUCCUGCCCGACCAAGGAAGGCUACUGUCUCGCCAAAGCGCUGGUCCGACGCCUUUUGACGCAGGUAUGUUACAUAUGUAUCCCUGAGAUAGUCUUUUCUAUGCUACGCUUUUGUCCAUGGAUGAACGACAGUCGUAAGAAUACUUAACUGAUCGUGUUGUUGAUUGUCUCCAUCGUUAAUCAUGGUGUCGUUGUAUAUUUAUCUCUAAUAUGAUGUAAAUCAUAAAACUCAUCCACAGUAUCACGAAAUUCUACUCGAACUUUAGGUUGCGACGGACUAUGCAGACUACAUGGCGGUAAAAAAACACAUUGUCGUGCGUCACAACGAUCACCCGAUGAACCCGGAGCUGCCGCGAAACUUUGAGACGAAUUUUAUGCGUGGCUACUACGAAGCCCUUGUCGAGAAGGUACUCUUCCUUGGAUCCUUUCUCUGCUUAAUUACAGUACAUAUAAUACGAAGAAAAUCGUGUUCAUCAUCAUCGUCAUCAUCUUCAUCUUCAUCUUCAUCAUCAUCAUCAUCAUCAUGCAUUUGUUACUCUAUUCGCUGCACAAUAUGAAUCUACUGUGUUUUAGUGAUGCAUAGGAAAAGGCUGGGUAUUUCCAUGAUUUCCUGUGGCACAAGGGCAAUAGUCCUAGUAUUUUAUAAUGGUCGACAUUUUGCCAUUGCCUUUGUCAGGUUGUCUUUGUCACUACCUUGCCGUCGUCGCGUGUGCCAACUUCUUCGGAGGAGGAAAGUGCAGCCUCUGAGCCCCGAGGAACUAUGAUGGUAAUGGAGGCGACUGCGUCGAAAGCAGAUGGAAGCCAGCUGACUUUACGGGAUGGACGUUCCUUACUUGCAUCGUCCUCAUCAACAUGAGAAAGUUCGUUGCGUCAAAUUUAUUUCGGUACUUAACUUUGGAUUUCUGAUUGAACUCUGAAUAUUUUUUUCUGACAACGGAAAGAAUCUUCCGAUUCCAACAGCAACCCCUGGUGCUAUGUAUGGAUUAAUUCUUUUUCUUUCAUUCAUUUUGGCUUAUUUUUUCUCUUCUCGUCUAAUGCUCACCUCGGCGUCGGGCACCGAUGAGGAAGGAAAGAUUGACUACACGAUUAAAGCGCAGCUGAAGGAGGCUGAGGCGGAUAAUGUAAAAAAAUCUUCUUCCAAGAAAUCGAAGGCUUCCAAGACGAGCACGACGGUCAGUGAUCCCGCCGCUAACAUCGCGCCGAUCAAGGAGGAAGAUGCCGCAGCCUCUAUGAAGAGCGCUGUCGAAUGUCAGUGA